AUUUGAAAAAUAUGUUAUUUGUAUCAGCUGCAAAAGUAGACUAGUUCAAAAAAAAAUUGGAUUUAUAUAAACAUGUAAACACACUAGACGGGUAUGUGACUACCAAAACUUCAUUUUUACAGCUUUAUUUAAACACAUCUUUAGGCCCAUGAACUUCAAAAUUGUUUGUUACAUUGGAUUGUGUUGACAUCGAAUAGCACACAAUUCGAACUACACCAAGUCAAAUAUCUGAGUUGGUAGAAGAGCGGUACAGUGGUAGAAGAACACCUGAGUUGGUAGAAGACCCUAGUUGAUAGAAUAAACAUGCCGAAACAUUCAAGAAUGCAUCAGGUGAGCAGUCGAGAUGGGACCGGGGGUCGAGGGGCAAAGUCCACUUCGACCGGAGAUCUGCCACCGAUUCAGGUGGUCAUCCACGCCGAUCCCCAAUCAUUCUGCAAAUGUUGUAGCAAUAACGACCAACAAGACAUCGACGAAUUUUGCAGGCGGUGUUGUGGUACCGGUACCAAUGCACCUGUUGCUACAUCCCAAAACCAAGAGCAGAUGCGUAGAAGAUCCUCCUCCAGACCUGGAGACACUCAAACAAAAAACUACCCAGAGCUUGAAGACUUCUCAAUGCAGACAGACGAGUGUCAGACUCAUUUCCACAAGCAUCUCUACAACGCUAGUUUGCUACAGAAGUACUGUGGGGGAAACAUUUUCGGCCCACGAAAUAUGGACCAAGAUGAUGAAGCUGUAUCCGCUGAUGAAAUUGUUGUUGAAGAGGCAACUGACGCCACACAAACCAACGAGGAUGAUUUCCCCAAAGUGAAACUGGUUCGGCUGAUGAGCGACGCUGAAACUCAGACCACUGAGUCGAUUCUCAGCCAGCUGAAAUCAAGUAACCCUAGUCAUCACACGAUGAAACACGUGAACACUUCCCUCACGAUGAUUCGAUGUCAAAACCCGUUCCUGUAUAACUUCAAUGAGUCGGAGAGUAUUGAUGAACUCCUUCAGCCAUAUUGUCAAUGCCAGUCAGCACCUACCUCGAGACAUGCUUCCACCCCUCCCCCCAACACAGAAACACACCAGUCUCUGUCGAACAUUUAUCAGUUGCCACCCGAAGAAAAGCCGAAACGCAAAGAUAGUCAAACAUUUAUGGGCUGUUUUAAGCGCAAGAGAAGCAAAGAUAGGACUAAACAAGCAUAAAUAUGAAAGAUUGAUAAUGGUUGGAUGAAAGAAUAAACAUAUCUACAUUUGAAAAAAUAUAAA